AUGUCUACUGAAACAUCAGGUCAACAAACACCUGUUGAUGUUCUUUCAGAUGAUCAUGAAAAGAUAGAAAAUUCCUCUUUAGAAGGAAAUGAAAAUCAACAUCAUGCUGGUAUUCCAGAAAAACCAGUUAAAGAAUAUGUCUUCAUUAGUAUCUUAUGUUUGAUGGUUGCCUUUGGUGGUUUCGUUUUCGGUUGGGAUACAGGUACCAUUGGUGGUUUCGUUAACCAUACCGAUUUCAUUAGAAGAUUUGGUCAAAUGAAUUCUGAAGGUGAUUAUUUCUUAUCAAAAGUUCGUGUCGGUUUAAUUGUCUCUAUAUUCAACAUUGGUUGUGCUUUCGGUGGUAUUCUUUUAGCUCCUUUAGGUGAUAGAUUAGGUCGUCGUAUUGGUUUGAUGGUUGUCAUGGUUGUUUACAUCGUUGGUAUUUUGAUCCAAAUCACUUCAACUACCAAAUGGUUCCAAUAUUUCAUUGGUCGUAUCAUUUCAGGUCUUGGUGUUGGUGCUAUUGCCGUUUUAUCACCAAUGUUAAUUUCAGAAACUGCUCCAAAAGCUUUAAGAGGUACAUUGGUCUCAUGUUAUCAAUUGAUGAUUACUUUUGGUAUCUUUUUAGGUUAUUGUACUAAUUUUGGUACUAAAACUUACAGCAAUUCUGCUCAAUGGAGAAUUCCAUUAGGUUUAUGUUUCUUCUGGGCUCUUUUGAUGAUCUUUGGUAUGACUUUAAUGCCAGAAUCUCCACGUUAUUUAAUUGAAGUUGGUCGUAUCGAAGAAGCUCAAGUUUCCAUUGCUAAAUCAAAUAAAAUUUCCGUUGAUGAUCCAUCAGUUUUCGGUGAAGUUGAAAUUAUCCAAGCAGGUAUUGAUAAAGAAAAAGCUGCUGGUACUGCAUCAUGGGGUGAAUUAUUUACUGGUAAACCAAGAAUUUUAUAUCGUGUUAUCAUGGGUAUUAUGUUACAAUCUUUACAACAAUUGACUGGUGAUAAUUAUUUCUUCUAUUAUGGUACCACUAUUUUCAACGCUGUUGGUAUGAAAGAUUCUUUCCAAACUGCUAUUGUCUUAGGUAUUGUUAAUUUCGUCUCAACUUUUGCAGGUUUAUACGCUGUUGAAAGAUUUGGUAGAAGAAAAUCAUUAUUAGGUGGUGCUGCUGGUAUGAUUGCAUGUUUCGCAGUUUUCGCUUCUGUCGGUGUCACAAAAUUAUAUUUAAACCCAGAACAUACUGAAUCAUCAAAAGGUGCAGGUAAUGCUAUGAUUGUUUUCGCAUGUAUUUACAUUUUCUUCUUUGCUUCAACUUGGGGUCCAAUUAUUUUCGUUGUUAUCAGUGAAACUUAUCCAAUUAGAAUCAAAUCAAAAGCUAUGGGUUUAGCUACUGCUGCCAAUUGGUUAUGGGGUUUCUUAAUUGGUUUCUUUACACCAUUUAUCACAUCAGCUAUUAACUUCUACUAUGGUUAUGUUUUCUUGGGUUGUUUGGUCUUUGCAUUCUUAUAUGUCUUUUUCUUUGUCGCUGAAACUAAAGGUUUGACUUUAGAAGAAGUUAAUGAAAUGUACGCUGAAAAAGUCUUACCAUGGAAAUCAUCAUCAUGGGUUCCACCUGCACAAAGAACAGCUGCUCAACAAGCUCAACAAGCUGAAGAAACUACAGAUGAUGCUCCAAAAUUCUUAAAAAGAUUCUUUUAA